CAUUCGGUAGGAUGACGCUAGAAAUAAAGUUAAAACGACCAAGUAAAGUGUACCGGCCGGGAGAAGUCGUCAAGGGAUCUCUUUUAAUUGAAACAAGAUCAGAUAUUUCACACACGGGACUGUUUCUAAACCUGGAGGGUAUAGUAAACAUGCAGCUUAGCUCUAAGAGUGUGGGUAUAUUUGAGGCUUUCUACAACUCAGUUAAACCAAUUCAGCUUAUUUCAAUCAACUUGGAAGUACAGAAAGCUGGCAAAUUUCCAACAGGAGUAACCACAAUACCGUUCGAGUUCCCCCUGAAAUCUAAAAGUAACAAGCCCCUGUACGACAGUUACCACGGUGUGUUUAUCAGUGUUCAGUACACACUACACGCUGAGCUGAGACGGGGUAUCCUUAACAAGCCUAUCCUUAAAAACUUGGAGUUUAUUAUGGAAGGUGAUAGAGUAGCUAAGAACACUGACCAACCCCCCAUACCUUUCACUAUCACACCACAGUCCUUAGAAAACAUCCGGGAAAUCAAGUCUGUCCCUGACUUCAAAAUCAGUGGAACACUAGAGAGGGCAGUGUGUGAUAUCGAGCAGCCCCUACAAGGUACAAUCAUGGUGGAGCACAGUGCUAAGCCUAUCAAGAGCGUGGAGCUCCAGCUUGUUAGAGUCGAGACAUGUGGCUGUGCUGAAGGUUACGCUAAGGAUGCAACUGAGAUCCAGAAUAUACAGAUAGCAGAAGGUGACGUCAUGAAAGGGCUAGCAAUACCAGUACAUAUGGUCUUCCCCAGGUUGUUUACAUGUGUCACCACCGCCACCAACAACUUCAAGAUAGAGUUUGAAGUUAACAUUGUCAUAGUCCUUCAGGAUGAUCAUCUCAUCACAGAGAACUUUCCCAUUAAAUUAUACAGACCUUCAAAAUAGAGAACAUUAUACUUUUUAGUUUUCAUACCUUCAGAUGUGAGAUGUGUAUCAGAUGACAUAUAUUGUUUGAACUUGAAUCAUGGUUGUCAGUCGGGAAUUGAUUCAAAGUUUUUUUUGGUUUCCAUUGUCAGUUUAAUUUGGUUUCAAUAAGACUUUUCAGACCAGUUGACCAGAUUUUUAUAUUGCUGAAUUUGAUUUUGUUUUAAUCUUUUGUAAUUGAUGUAUAAUUAUUGUUGUUGACAAUUUCCCACUUAGUAUUAGAA